CGCAGACCGAGCGCGCCUACCAGAAGCAGCCCACGAUCUUCCAGAACAAGAAGCGGGUGCUGCUGGGGGAGGGCGGCAAGGAGAAGCUGCCCCGGUACUACAAAAACAUCGGGCUGGGCUUCAAGACUCCCAAGGAGGCCAUCGAGGGCACCUACAUCGACAAGAAAUGUCCCUUCACUGGGAACGUCUCCAUCCGGGGCCGGAUCCUCUCGGGGGUGGUGACCAAGAUGAAGAUGCAGAGAACCAUCGUCAUCCGCCGCGAUUACCUGCACUACAUCCGCAAGUACAACCGCUUCGAGAAGCGCCACAAGAACAUGUCUGUGCACCUCUCCCCCUGCUUCAGGGACGUGCAGAUCGGGGACAUCGUGACCGUGGGCGAGUGUCGCCCCCUCAGCAAGACCGUGAGGUUCAACGUGCUGAAGGUCACCAAGGCAGCUGGGACCAAGAAGCAGUUCCAGAAGUUCUGAGGGAUGGAUGGAGGUGGCAGGAAUAAAGGUCUUGUAAAA